UUUAGUCUAGGUACAGUUGACUCAAAAGCCACAUCACUCCAAGUCUAACCUGAUGUAAUAAGUAUUUCUAUAGACUUACUACAAAACUCUUUUUAUUUUAACACAAGGAAACCACCAAAAUUUGUAAAAAAGUCCCUGCAAUAUGAAAGACCUGGAUCAGACCAUAGAUACCCUUGAAAAUGCCCGCUUCAAUUGGUUGUAUGCGAACGAGAUUGUUCAGAUGAGCAAGGACUCCAUUUUCACGACGAACGAGCUAAUUUGCAUUGUAAUGCUGUACCACAAGAUGGUCCUGGCCAAUGGACCAAAGGCCAAGUUCAUGAUUAUCUCGCAGCUUACCACUCUCAUGCUGGAUCUUUUUGAAAUAACUGAUUGCAACAUAAGCACUACUACUGUCUAUCGGAUUAGUCAUGGUUCUGCAGGGACACAUCCCGAUUUUUGUCCCGACAGGCACGUGAGCUUGGAGUCCUUCGUGAGGCUUUUAACCAUAUAUUUCACCAGGGACCUGGAGAUAAAGAUGGAGUUUGCCUUCUCUAUAUACGACAAGCAAGACAAACUGCAGUUAAACGGCGAAGAUGUCGGGUUCUUUCUUAAGAAAUUCUUUGAGGGCGAGGACGAAGAGGAGGCCACGGAGCUGCUAUUGGACAUGAAGGAAAUGAUCUUCCUUAAAUUCGACUUGGACAAGGACACGAACAUUUCGUAUGACGAGUACUGUGAUGUGGUAAGAAAGCAGCCCAUGCUCAUGGAGUUCCUCGGUCGAGUGUUUCCAACCAAUCCCUGCAUGGAUGUCCUCGCUCUAUGCGCCAACGUAAUGUCCUGGUUCGACGACUCGCCCAACCCGAGGAUCAUUCGGAAAUCAGAGGCUGAUAAUGGCUUUGUGACCCGUCGCAUCUCUGAAGUUUAAAUUGAAAGUGUCAU